AUGGCGAAGAUCAAUGACACAGUGGUUGCGCCAUGCACGGGAAACCAACCGUCUCAACUUCUUGGCCUAGCGCUGGGGUUUGCCAACUUUGACCAGGAACUUUGGUGGCUUAAUACAGCACCUCUCCUAGGUAAUCUUCUAAGUCAAGCCAACUAUGAUAUCCAUAAGCAGUACCAAUACCUCGCCUUCUAUCACAAGCACAUCCUUCCUAUGCUUGGUCCUUACACCGCUCCGGGCCUCGAGCCACGAUGGAUGGGCUAUUUUAACAGCGAUGGCCAUCCAUUCGAGACGAGUUUGAACUUUCAAGACUCGAAGAUUACCGUCCGUCUAGCCUUCGAACCGCUCAGCCCGCUUGCCGGAACCGACCGCGACCCACUUAAUCAAUUUAUGGCCCGCGAAUUUCUGGGCCAACUGGCCCGCAGCCAGCCUUGCGUUGAUCUACAAUGGUUUAAUCACUUUGACUCUGAGCUUGGUCUAUCGCUGGAGCAGGCUCGCCUGAUCGCUAGCAAAGUCCCGAAAUUAGGCAAGACUCAGCGAGGCGUUGGGAUAGAUUUGAGAGACCACGGUAUUGUACCGAAGGCGUACUUCUAUCCCGAACAUAAGGCCCGGAUGAUGGGUGUACCGAUAGCUGGACUUGUCUUUAAGGCUAUUCGCAAACUAGAAGAAAGCAAAAGCUUCACUCUUGCGUUGGACACUUUGGAGAAAUUCCUCGCACCAUGCUUCAAAACCAGAGCGGACGGCUAUUAUAAGAACCCUACCGAAGUGUUCGCUGUCUCCAUCGACUGUUUGGUACCUAGCAAAUCGCGCAUCAAGUUGUAUGUGGGUGAGACUCAGGCUACUCUCGCCCGAGUCCGAGAGCUCUGGACCCUCGGCGGACUGUUGGCAGAUCAGGCUACUUUAACUGGAUUGAGCCUCAUUGAAGCCAUUUGGGACAUACUCGAUAUGGGUGAUUCCAAGACACAACAAAUGGAUUUCAAUUAUCUGCCAUUGGGUUUCUAUUAUGAGCUCCAACAGGGUACAGAAUAUCCAAAGCCCCAGUUAUAUAUUCCUCUGCAUGAGAAAAACGACGACACAAUUGCCAAUAGACUGACCAAGGUAUUCGAGUAUCUAAAGUGGAACGAUAUAGCUGUGAGAUAUAAGGAACAGUUGAUGGCGAAUUUAAACCUCAAAGAAACUACGAGUAUUCAGCGCUGGGUUUCAUUCUCGUAUCUUGAAAAUAAAGGAGUUUACAUGUCGCUCUACUUUCAAAGUGUUGGGGGCUUUACUGAAAACAUGUGA